ACGUAAGGAAGCCUUUCUAGAGUGUGGAAAGUUUGUGGAAAUAGACAACCUCGCGGAGGUUGGGUGAAUUUUCGCAAAGUGAAUUUCACUCGAAAGUUAAGAUUUGAUUUUAUCCGCAUCUAAUUGGGUAAUGAAAAGUCUCUACCCAAGUUAAUACGCGUGUAUCGAAAAGAGAUUGACUAGUAGCAUUGGCCCGCGUUAAAUUAAUUAUCCCAUUAGGAAAAAAUACAGUGCUUCGCAGAAAUACGAAAUAUCAUGGCGGUACCCACUACCGGUGUAGUUGUUCCUCGAAACUUUCGUUUGCUGGAGGAAUUAGAACAGGGUCAGAAAGGUGUAGGAGACGGUACAAUUAGUUGGGGAUUAGAGAACGAUGAUGAUAUGACGCUGACACAUUGGACCGGAAUGAUAAUUGGACCACCUAGAACACCGUAUGAAAAUAGAAUGUAUAGUUUGAAAAUUGAUUGUGGUCAGAAAUACCCUGAUGAAGCACCCAGUGUAAAAUUUUUAAGCAGAAUUAAUAUGAAUUGUAUCAAUAGCACUACCGGAGCUGUUGAUAAUCGCAAUGUACCAGUACUUUCAAAAUGGCAAAGAGAAUACACAAUCAAGACAGUUCUACAAGAGCUGCGUCGUCUCAUGACACUCAAAGAGAAUAUGAAACUUUCUCAGCCACCAGAGGGCAGUACAUUUUAGCCUAACCACAUAUAAAUUUAUCACCUCUUCCUUUUUAUGGUAGCACGAGGAGAGAUAUAAUAAUAGAGGUACCAAAUAAUACUAAAAUGGUACCCGGUGGAAAUAUAUGCUAAGAUGUAAUGCCUUUACGAAAGAAAGGCGAUAAUAGCUUGAAAAGUUGGAUAUAAAUUUUGUGUUUAGGUAAGCCGAGAAAGAAAGAGAGCUGUUUGUCCUUUAAAUUUUAGAUCAUGUUUAACCGUUCGCAUGUUUCUAAUGUAAAAAGUUAUUUGUAAUUUUAGGUAAUAAAACUGUUACACGAUAGCCGUAAUCUUUCUCAUCUUAAGAGAUUAUUACCGCUUACUGUUUCUGAGAUGCUUAUGAGGUAUGUGCUCAUAAAAUAUAUUAUUCCAACUUUUCAAGCUAUUAUGGUAUAAAAAGUCACACACAACAUAUUUUGAAUCUUAAAUUGAAUACACCGAUUGUCUAAUAAAAAUAAUAAUCAGUAAGAAAAAAUUAUGCCUUUGAAGUUUUUUAAAUGAAAGAGAGAAAAAACAAAAGAAAAAGGAAAGAAAA